AUGGUGAAGAAAGGAUGGAUGGCCGUACAAGUAGGCUUAGAUGAAGAAGAUGAAGAUUGUCAAAAGUUCGAGAUACCGAUAACUUACUUAUACCACCCAUUAUUUGCUAAUCUCUUAGACAAAGCUCGUGAAGUGUACGGCUAUUACUCCGACGGCCCUCUUAAGCUACCGUGCUCGGUUGACGAUUUUCUUGAUCUUAAAUGGAGGAUUGAGAAAGAGAGUUCAAAUCACCAUCAUCAACAACAUCAUAAUCAUCCUCUUCAUGUUCAUCACUUUAGUCAUGCUUUGUCGUUUCGUUCUUGUUAA